AAAAGAAUCAGAACAGCUUUUUCACCAUCACAAUUAUUAAAACUAGAAGAUGCUUUUGAAAAAAAUCAUUACGUUGUUGGUCAAGAAAGAAAAGAUUUGGCUGGGAAAUUAAGUUUAACUGAAACUCAGGUUAAAGUUUGGUUCCAAAAUAGAAGAACGAAAUGCAAACGG